UUACUUGGGCAUCCCCAGGCCCUUGGCCUUCCUCUCCACCGCUGGCCUCUGGAGCGCGCUCCUUCCACAUCCCGGGGCUAGGGCUGAGGGCUGCUGGGUGGAGAGGGUCCUGGGCUGCUUCUUUAAGGCUCUGGUCCCCGCCUCCUUCUUGCCUCCCUCCCUCUUUCCCUUCUCCUCCUCCUCUUCUCUAACUUCCCAGACAAGCCGGCAGGGUGUGCGCCUAGAGAACAGUCGAGCAGGUGCUAGAGGCGAGACCUUGGCUUGCAGCGGUUCCUCCUGAGGUGGCUGCCUCGACGUGGGUUCAAUAGCCAACCCUGCCCAGAGGAGGACCGGAGCAGCUGCCUACCUCCCCUUUGCUGUACCCCCGCCCCCUUCUCCCCGGGAUCAGAGCCUAACAGGAGCCGCUCCCCAUCUUCACGGGAUCAAAGCCGGAGCUCGCUCUCCCGCCUGCCCGCUCGUUUUCGGCAGCCAGAGAGCUGCAGGCUAGGACCAUGUCCGUGGCUACCGGCAGCAGCGAGCCGGCCAGUGGCGCGGGGGGCGGGGGCAGUCGGGUUUUCUUCCAGAGUCCGCGGGCUGGCGCAGGCGGCGGAUCGGGCUCCAGCUCCAGCUCCAGCGCUGGUUCGGGCUCCAGCACAGGGUCUGGGUCCUCCCGGGAAGAUUCUGCUCCGACAGUUGUGCCUGCUGUGGCGGGGCAGGUUCAGCAGCAGCGGCGCCAUCAGCAGGGGAAAGUGACCGUGAAAUACGAUCGGAAGGAACUGCGGAAAAGGCUAGUUUUGGAAGAGUGGAUCGUGGAACAGCUGGGGCAGCUGUACGGCUGCGAGGAAGAAGAGAUGCCAGAAGUAGAAAUUGACAUUGAUGAUCUUCUUGAUGCCGACACUGAAGAAGAGAGAGCUCUUAAAUUACAGGAAGCUCUCGUAGAUUGCUACAAACCAACAGAGGAAUUUAUCAAAGAACUGCUAUCUCGGAUAAGAGGCAUGCGGAAACUGAGUCCCCCACAAAAGAAGAGUAUAUAAAUUUUUGCAGAGAGAGUAAAAUUCUCUCCAAGGAACACAGAAAGGGAAAUGGGAUUUUGACCACAAGAAGACUCUUAUUUAAAAGAAAAAAUAGUUGUCUUUCUGAGCAACUUUUCUUUUUCUUCUGUUAGACAUUUUAUCCAUGGAUGUUUCUUAUUUGUUUUUAUGGAUUUUUUUAGAUUUUUUUUUUUUUUAUCAAAGCUAUCAGUGCUUUGAAUGCAGCACAACCGCCAAUGGAGGAUUAUCCAACCAGAUGGAAGAGCCCAGAGAUUUGAUGGAAGCCUCUUGGUAGCUGACAUGGGCAGCCCUAUCUUAUAUGGCAAAUAGGAGAGUGUUUAUAACCAUAUAGAGCAGGAAGAAUGGGUUUCUUAUAGAUAGUUUGGUAAUAUUUUCCCCCUCAUUUGUAUAUUUGACUCAUAAGCUUCCAAUUUCUUGUACUUGUAUAUACACUAUUAUGUUACUCUGUAGAUGUGAGUAUUAUUUCCUGUGGAUGGAAUUGCUGUUUGGUCAUUCUUUAACUGGAGACCACAGAACAUGUGUUUUUGAGGGGCAACUUUACAUUUUUAAUGCAGGUGCUGAGAUUUAAAAAAAAAAUUCACUUUAUGCACCAAAGUGAAGAUAUUAAAUGUAUCAGUUCUUUCAGGAAGCUACACUUAAAUUUUUGGUUGUUACUGUUUUCAAGGGCGUAACUUAUGGAUGGACUUCAUACUGUCUUACUGAUCUGAUGCUUUGCCAGGUCUCUUCCUCACUGCCUCGUUCAUAAUAAUUUGAAAUCAUGUUAACCCUUUGUUUGAAGCUCUGAUAGGAACUCUACAUAGAAAUGCCAGCACUGUCUGAUCAGUGUUUUACUGCAGAAAAAGAAAGCAUUGUCAUAGCUUUUAAUUCUCCACUUUCAACCAAAUGCAAUGUUGUCUCUCCCAUUAAAGCAGGUAAAAAGCCAGCAUGUUAGAGCUCUGUCUCUCUCAUACUGGAUGCUUCUGGUCCUGAAAUAGCACUGGACUUCCCUUAGGAAGGAUGCAAAUUGAGCAUCUUAUUGAGCUGUUGGGAGGCAGGGAAGACUCAACCUUCUUUGAUGACAUAAUUCUAGGAAGCCUUGAUGUCAGAACAUGCUCCAGAUAGUGUUGACACUUCCUGCUUCACUCAAUAGUAUGUGGGUAAUGGCAUAGAAGUUUUACAGGAUCAUGGGGCAAAAUAGGGCAGAAUUUCAUUACCUUUUCCCCUACGCUGGGGUUGGAUCUAGGGAAGUCAACUGUCCUUUCUUACACAGUAUAUUCCUGCUCCUUAUGAGAUGAUUAAAAUAGGUCUGCAGUAAUGGCAUGGCUAUCUGAUCAUGUUUGAAAAAAAUGGUAGGGGUUUGGGGGGAAGACCACUUUAGGUAGAUCUUUGGCUCCUUUGGGUGGUGUUCUUUAUCUGCUAUGUGAUGUUCAUAAGUGACCACGUAAAAGAAGACAGUAGUCAAAGCAUUUUAUAUCAAGGGUGCUCUGAACAUAUUUUAUUUUUAAAAAGAAAUAUGUUUGUGAAUUUUCUGUAUACUGGCAAGCUUUUUAAAAUGUAUUUAAUUUUGUAAUGUUUACCAAUGAUUUAUUUACAAGAUAUUUACUCGAAUAAAUGGAACAACUUACAGCUCUUA